AUGUUCCGUCGCGGCGCGAAUCGAGCUUCUCUUGACGCGCUCUGUGAGCUGUUCUCGCGGUUUCCCGCGAACGCGACGUCCAUUCCUAAAUCUUCUUCCAUUGCCUCGACUUCAUCGUCGCCGAUGAGGACGAUGAUGAAGUCGAUGGUGAUGGUGAUGCAGCAACAACAUCAACACAAAAGAAGAAUCAGCUCUUGGCUUUUUACGCCUUCUUCUUCGUCGGUCGCGACUUCUUUUAGCCCCGAUAAUAAAAGAGAACGAGACACCUUCUCUCGCGGACGCUGUUGUUAUUAUUCGACGAAAACGAAGAGAACGUGGACGAAACGAAGAAGCCUUUCAGCCGCGAAGAACAAGAAACUGCCUCCGCCGUUUAGUGAGACGACCACGUAUAAAAUACGAAAACCAAAGAAAGGAGAAGAGCUAGCUCGAGAACCGUUCUUCGCGAAUGUGAUCGUCGAACGACUCCCAGUGGUUGAAUCCUUACCAGAAGAGUGGGAAAAAGAGUACGAAGACUGGUCCAGAGAAUACAACGAACAGUUUCAGAAAAUUAUGCCGGACGAACUGAUCGCGGCGAAAGUGCCCGUGGAGAGUACCGAAGGCGAAGAAGGCGAAGCGGGAACGCUAGAGCAGUUUCAACCGGCGAGCGUUGAGACGAACGAGGAAGACAAUGUGAAAACCACGAAUAGAAAAUUGCGCGAGUUUUUGUUUCUAGUCGUCAAGGAGAAAGGAAAAGAGACGUGGGGGUUCCCGCGAGCUGAGAGAAAAGACGAUUGGACGAUGCGCUUAACCGCGGAGAAUGCGGUUGAAAAGGCGUUCAAGAAUGCGAAAAUGUUUAAAGGAUUCGUCGGUAAAAAGAAAUCAAGUGAUAGUAGUGAUAGUAGUAAUGGUGACGAGGAAGAGGAAGACUUUAGCGAGUAUAGCGAGGGAGGAGGUUUAGAAUACCAGAUGGUUGGGAACUGUCCCAUGGCGCACUAUGCGCUUGAAGACGGCACAAACUUUUAUCAUCGGGCGACCUAUUUAGAUGGAGAAGUCGCGUUAUCGUCCAGCGUGGACGAUUUCGCGUGGGUCACGAAGGAGGAAAUGAAGUCGUACAUCUCGGAUGAGAGCGAAUACGCGCUCUUUUUACGCAUGGUUUAG